CAAAAUUUUAAAAUAACUAGGCAUAGCAUGCAAUAAAUAGAUUAAAGAUUGAGUUAAGCAUUUCCUCCAAAUUCUUAAAAUAAUACACGUUAUAUUGCUGAUAUCCAUAGUGUAUUAGCUAAUGUUAAGUUAGAUGAUAUAGGAUUUAAAGAUAUUAAAUUUAGAACUGUUUAAACUAAAAGAGAUAUAACUUAGCUUAAAUUAUUGUAACAAGAAUGGUUUCCAAUUAAUUAUACUGAAUAAUUUUAUACUGCUGUUUUGAAUGGCCAUACUUCAUCUCUUCUAGCAGAGAUUGAAAUAAAAUUUCCAACAGGAAGAAAGGAAAAAUAUAUUAUAGGAGCAAUGGUUUACUAAUCAAGAUUGAGCAAAAAUAAAUAUCAAUAGAAUUAAAGCUGGAAAUAAUGGUUUUGUUCAUUCUUUUAAACAUAACAUGCUUUAUACAUUAUGACUAUUGGGGUCAUAAAUGAAUUUAGAGGUAGGGGUAUUGCAGAAUACAUGAUUGAAUAAUUAAAAAAGAGAGUUUUUGAAUCAAAUAAAACACUUGCUUACAUUUAUUUAGAUAUGGUAGUUUAUAAUGAAGUGGCAGCUAGAUUUUAUUAAAAAAAUGGUUUCAAUAAAGUUAGAAUAAAGAAAAAUCACUAUUAAAUUGAAAAUCAAUCAUUUGAUGCUUAUGUUUACGUAUGGUAACCUAAUUGA